AUGGCAAACCGCAGCGAGCAAGCAUGCAAAGCCUGCAAAAAGCAGAAGCGGCGCUGCGAUAAGGCUCUCCCUGAGUGUAGCUUAUGCAAGCGGACUCAACGUCUGUGCGAGUAUGGCAUUGCCGCUGAUUUCCAGCCAAGUGCUGGCGAUUGGAUCAUGAUGCAGGCGCGUCUCACUGAGCUUGAGAAUCGUCUGGCCAAUUCUCCGAGGGCUGCUGAGCAGCAAAUCUUGAGCCCAAUUUCAGGCCCAUCGUCGGGUUCAGUGUUGGAACAAGGCUCAACGUCAGGCGCGACAUUCUGCGACUCCAUCGAUACGCACAGCAUCGGGUCGAAUAGCGUCAACUCGUCGUCCCAAUCUAUCGGUUUCACGCCUGCUUACUCCACCGUCGAAUAUCCAGGCCCAACCUCAGUGACACACUUUCCGGCAUCUAUGUUUCUCGAUGUUGACUGCUAUAUAUGGUCUCAUGCCAGACUGCCUGUCCCCAGCGGCGUCAUUCCUGCGCCCGUCCUCGCGCUUCUCAGCCAGGGCAACGUCGUUCUAGAUGUAUCGCAAAACUACUUUGCGACUGUGCACACCUGGUUUCCUAUGAUAUCUAAAAAGAGGAUGGAUAUGGGCCUCCCGGUGCAGAAUGCAGGCCCUGAUCUAGCGAUGCUGUUCCUUGGGAUGAAGCUUGUUACGACUCCUGCUGUCGACAUAACCGACUCAGCAUUGUAUGAUACAGCUAAAAGCUCCCUCGCUAGUCUGGAGAGCAACGGCGUCAUCUCACUACUUUGUCUUCAGGCUAUGAUCCUCGUAGCCUUGUAUGAAUAUUCCCAUGCAAUCUAUCCGGCGGCUUGGAUGACGGCUGGGUCGUGCGCUCGCUACUCUGAUGUCUUGGGCAUCACUCCCGGUGACUAUUCUCCAUUGGGUCAAGUGACAACAUGGACAGAGGCUGAAGAGAGAAGGAGAGUAUGGUGGAGUAUCUAUAUCCUCGAUAAGCUCAUGUCACUGGGAAGCAGAAAGCGUUGCUUACUUCCAGAUAUACAUCCACAGUGUAAACUGCCUGUCGAUGACGACGUAUGGGACCGCGGCGAAGUAAACUUGGCUGUCAGUCACUCAACCUCAAUAUCAUAUCAGCUCCAGCAGUCUCCAUUCGCAAGACUAUGUCAAGCCUCGAUAUAUCUCGGACGCGCAAUAAGCUCUGCGCGGGAUAAUUUAGCCAUGACAAGUUCUCGUAUUGAACAAAUCAUGUCUCUCGCAGGCGAAUUGUCGGAUUUCGGGGCAAUCGUGGAUAAUGAGACUACGACUCUUAGUCCCGAGAAAAGUGCCAUACUUCUCGCACCGCGAUGCAUUGCCCGCUCAGCGCUCUUUGUCGCUCUCGACCGUUUCACUUGCCCAGAAAAGAUCAGUGCAGAGCCUGGAUAUGUUGAUAGUCCGGGUGACAAGACACAGAAUGAGAUCGAGCUUCAGAGGCAAUCCAUGCAUAUCAUCGAACAGGCCAGCGAACAGCUACACACUCUGGGUAUGGAACUGCUACCCGCAUUCAGAACUGACGGAAUAUCCUCGCUGUCCAAAGUAAGCCCUUUCAUGCUGGAUUCUAUCUACGCAAGUGCAGCGACAUUUCACUGGCUUCUUGGUGAAGGCGGGAAUGAAAUUUACCGCACGGCUGCUGCUGAUUUGGAUAUGUUUCUGGAUACCAUGAGUUCAAGGUGGCGGCUUGGUAGCACGUACCGCGAGAUGUUGGCGGUUCACGACGUCACAGCAAGGGUAGAAGCUAGGACGACGUUACAAUAG